CGUAUGCUCUAGUUGACAUUUUCGCUCUUUCUUUAUUCCAAGGUCGUAUAUUCAUGCCUAAUCAGCCGCUGCUAGUAACACUUGUCAUCUAAUGAAAAUUUGGUCAAGCGUUUUGUUUUAAUCGGGGACAAUGGAAACUCGGAUGGUUAAUUCUAUUUUACUAUUUUGGUUAGCUAAAUUAAUAAUCGGUAUACAUUCACACCUGGAUAUUGACUCUUCCAAGAAGCUAAAAGAGAACUGGACGAAGUUCGCGCAGUCAAUCCUCACACCAAACAUAAGCUGCUAUAAAACGAUCGACGACUAUGGAACCAUGAAAGUUACUAAAAUGGAGGACUCAUUGUGCGAUAUGAACAUUGAAAGAGAGGACAUGAGUGUUUGCGUUAAGGUUGAGGAAGGUAGACCUAGUUGCAGUGUGACAGUGUUGACGGGGCAGGAGACAAUGAUAACCAUUCAACUUACGGACGCGGAGACCUUCUGUCCGGACCCGGUCUCCUCGCUGCACAUGCUCCUGCACAGCACUGGCAUCACGCUGGGGCACAGCGUCUCCCUGACUACGCACCCGGCCGUGCCCAGACACACAUUCGUCGACCCGCUCAUACGUAUGAGCGCCCCGUUAAAAGAAGCGGACUACCGGCUGAUGUCUGCGGCCGCCGAGCCGGCCAACUCGCGCGACUGGCCGUUCCGCGCGGCCGGCGGGAUGGCGCUGGUGGACCGCUACUGGUCGCCGCACCGGUUCGGCCACCGGCUUCUGGUGACCGCCGCCGACCCGCGCUACCAGGCUGAGAUGAUGCUGCAGUGGAUGGGGACCACGCAGCCAGACGACAUGGACCUGGCACCGGGCGACGCCGUUCUACUUGGGCAAACCACGUGUCUGGACUCGAAGGCGUGUCCAGCGCACGGCCAGUCGGCGCCGUGCAGGGGCUACAGGAGUGCCGAGUGUCGCUGUCAGGAGAGUGUCCAGCCAACCAUCGCCUGCCAGCUGCCCUCCCCAGUGGCCACCGGCUGUGAGCCGGCCUCGGGCGCGCGGCGCAGCUGCCCGUACAGAGCCGUGGUGGGCGCCGACCUGCAGCGACGCGCCCACCCGGGCUGCAGCCGGCUCACAGCCGUCGCCAACGGGCUGGCCGCAGUGCACGCGGACGUACGCCGCUUCCUGGAGGCGCCGCAGUACCCGUGGCGACACUUUGUGGUCACCAUACUGGCGUGCACGGGCUGGUGGCGGCUCAGCGAUGUGACGGUGGGGUUCCCGGCGGCCUAUGGGAGCCAGCUGCGCGGCGCUGGCCUGCCCGCUGACCGGGACCAGCUGUGCGCCGCCCUGCGCGUCUACAUCACCAACGCAGAGGCGCAGUCGCUCGGCGGCGACAGCCGGCUCACCCACGAGACAUUUUGCCUGGACGACGUGGUGCUGGGUGCGGCGGCGCACCUGGGCCGGCCGCGCCGACCGCCGCCGCAGCCCGCCAUCGUCACCAGGGACGCCGUCCAUCUGUGGCUCGGCCCGCAGCCAGAAGGCCUGGACAUCGACCUCAGUCAGCUGGUGGUGAAGUUGUUCGCGGUGCCGGCCGGACCGACGGCGGUGCCGGCCUACUCUGUGCUGCACGAGCUAGACGGCGAGCAGCUGCCUGCCGACCAGUGUGUGAUCGAGAUCAGCGAUCAGAACGACACGCGCACCACACCAGCCGCCACCACGACUGUGUCGCCGAAUGCCACAUUCAGACCGAUGAACCUUUCGGCGGCCACCGGCGCCAUGACAGAUGACCUGACCACCAGCACUGGCUCCAUUUUCGGCAUGGCCGUGCUGCUGCUGCUGCUGGCCUACUGCAUGUGCCAGCGGACGGCGGGCGGGGGCGACUGGGAGUCGGACAGCAGCUGGUCCGAGUCGCCGGCCAGCUGGACCACCAGCAGCACCAGCAGCUGGACCACCACGCCGUCCAGCAGCGCCGACCACUACUCCACCGAGAGCUUCGACUUCGAGCGGGACGCCCAGCUGGUGGGCGGGCGCGCCACACUCCAGUACAUGCGGCGCGUGCAGGAGGAGGCGCUGCGGCGCCGCCGGCUGGAGCUGAGUCACCCGUGCACCGUCCAGUCGGACUGAGUCGGCCCUCCGCCGACAGCUCAGCGGCUCAGCCGAGACACACUCGUCCUGUCGGCGACCGGUCAGCUGAGGCGAACCUUUGGGCGGGCACCGCUCGCCGGAGGCACUCGUCCUGACGUAGGCAAGGAGGAACUUCCCAAACGUGUGUAAUGCUCAUUGUUGAUGACGCUGGAUGUUCACUAAUAAAUGUGACCAUCACCUCAGAAUGAAA